UUGGGGCCACCGGAUUAGGGUUUUGGGUUAUAAGGCGUCGACGGCGAUAAGGCGACUGGGUCGUCUUCUCUUUGGAGUUUCGGUGGUAGAUCGGAUUCAGCCUCUUCCUCUACCAUGACGAAGCGCACGAAGAAGGCUGGAAUUGUUGGCAAAUAUGGCACUAGAUAUGGUGCAAGUUUGCGAAAGCAAAUCAAGAAGAUGGAGGUUUCUCAGCAUGCAAAGUACUUGUGUGAAUUCUGUGGGAAGUAUGCCGUGAAAAGAAAAGCAGUUGGGAUUUGGGGCUGCAAGGAUUGCGGUAAAGUCAAGGCAGGCGGUGCCUAUACAUUGAACACUGCUAGUGCUGUUACCGUGAGGAGCACUAUUCGUCGAUUGAGAGAACAGACUGAAGCGUGAAAAUGCUGUCCGAGUAUUAUGUCGGUUUAGUGAUGUCGAGCAACCGUUGACAUCUUUUCCUUGACUUUCUUAAUUAGUGAUUUGACUUUUUUGUUUUUCAUGGUAAGAGCAAUUCAAGAUUGUCUGACCGGUUAUAAUGGUUCAUGGAUUUAAUGAUUUAAUACUAUUGUUUGGGUUUUAAUCUUUUAAUAUUGUAAAAUCAAACUUUUUUUGACA